AAUACCCUUUUGUGGAGUAUCGAUGGAAACCCUAGCAUAUUUUGUGCGCCUCUCGAAAGCGUAACCCUAGGUUUCUUGUAAAGAAGAUCCGAUGGCCUCCAGGAAGGAUGAUCCCAAGAACUCGGAGCAUGAUGGUGCCAGUCCCGGGAAGAUCUUCAUCGGUGGGCUUCCCAAGGACACCAGCAUGGCCACAUUCCUGAAGCAUUUUGGAAAAUAUGGCGAGAUAAUAGACUCUGUAAUUAUGAAGGAUCGGUUCACCCAACAGCCUAGGGGAUUUGGGUUCAUCACAUAUUCUGAUCCUUCUGUUGUUGAUAAAGUCAUAGAGGACAAUCAUGUGAUAAAUGGGAAACAGGUUGAGAUUAAAAGAACCAUUCCCAAAGGCUCCGCUCAGUCUAAGGAUUUCAAAACAAAGAAGAUAUUUGUUGGAGGCAUACCAUCAACUGUGACAUCGGAGGAAUUCAAGAGUUUCUUCUCCAAAUAUGGAAAGGUUGUGGAGCAUGAAAUCAUUAGUGAUCAUAUCACCAAGAGAUCUCGAGGCUUUGGUUUCAUAAUCUUUGAUUCUGAGAAAGUAGUUGAUGAAUUAUUGUCUAAUGGCAAUAUGAUAGAACUAGCUGGUAGUCAGGUGGAGAUCAAGAAGGCUGAACCAAAGAAACCCUCUAGUGCACCAUCUUCUCAUUAUGGUAGUGAAUUUAGGGAUCGUUCCUAUGGUGAUGGACUUGGUGGAUAUGGUGGAGGCUCUUUUGGUGGUGGGUUUGGUGGAGGAGGGUUUGGUCCUUCCUCCUAUAGAGGAGCUGGAGGUUUGGGUCCUAGGCUUGGUGGUUAUGGUGGUGGCGCUGAUGAAUUUGGUGGUGGUGGAUAUGGAAGUUUUGGUGGUGGUGGCCUAGGUGGUUAUAGAGGUGAGUCGUCACUUGGUUACUCUAGUCGCCUCAGCUCAUAUGGUGGAGGAGGCUUUGGCGGGGGAUAUGGUGCUGGUGGCUUUGGUGGUGGGGGGUAUGGUCGUGAUGAGGGUUUUGGAAGUUAUGGAGGAUCCAGUUAUGGAGGAGGUUAUGAUUCUGGUCCAGGUGCUGGUUAUGGCUCAGGUGGCGGUGGAUUGUAUGGAGGUAGGGGAAGCUAUGGUGCCGGUGCUGGACCAACCGGUCGGUACCACCCAUAUGCUCGUUAGGUUGCUGCUCAUUCUGCUCUAGGUGUUUGUUUCUCAGGCACCAGUCUUAUUUAGUUCUGAAGGUAUUCUCAGGCACCAGCUCUAUUUAGUUCAGCAGUUAUUUGCAGGCACCUGUUUUUAGUUCAGCAGAUAUUUCAGGCAACAGUCUUUACUCUUUAGAUCAGAAGGGUCAGAAAUUUGCUAGAUAUCUGCUAGCGUUAAUGAUCUACUAGAAGUAUUUCGUGAAGUCACUAUAGGCUUGUUUGCUUGGCGGUCUGCAUCAUUCUGAAAGAGUAUCAUCUGUAUUGGCUAGUUAUCUGUAGCGACAUUUUCUUUCGUGUUGUUCCUAGAGCUGGGUAUUAUUUGUAGACUUAUUUAGAGUUACUCUAAGAUGUUGACAUAUAUGUGUUUGCUUUUAUAGGUAUUCCUGUUGCUUUUUCUCUAUACAUAUUGCGGAGCAUAUUAUUAUUGAUUAAACUAAAA